GACGAUACGAGCUCUCCCGCUGCAACGAUCACGGGGCCAGAUGCGUCGUACGCGUACGAAUGGCACCGGGCUCUACGACGAUGACAACCUGCGCGGCGUGCCUCAUCGGCCUCGAAAUGCCGACCGUCAACAUCGGGCAAGCCGUUCUAUGCGUGCCCUGUCGCGCUAGCCCGGAAUGGCUCAUAUCGCGCUCGCGCCCAUUGGUCGUGCCGAACCUUAUUUGCACAUGCUCAAGCCGAUGCUAGUUCCGAGUCCGCUUAUGAACUCGAUCGCGCCGUCGCUGUCACGACAGCUCUCCUCAACGCAGCACCCCAAAUUCGCAAUCGUAAUAUAAGCCCUCAAGUUGAUGCUCUCACGACGGUGCUCUAGGUGGUAGCGACUAGCAGACAGAAGUCCAUAAUGACUGCCACGCAACCGCAGCGCAGCUAUUUACUUUCGUGGGACGUGCCGCAAUGUAUGGCUGAUCAUUCCGUUGGGCUCCUGAGCUGUUUCUCAAUGACGACGUUUAUCUGGGUCCUUGUGUCGUACCUGAGUUGUUAGAGCUUGCAGAGACGUGUACAGUAGCUCGGGUAGGGGUGCAACCUUGGUUGAGAUAUUGCAGAGAUGUUUAUUGAAUUUAUAUAUUGC